UCCUUUGUCGCCAAGCUCUACUCCAUGCUCGAGGACGAAGCCACAGGGGAGAUGAUCACCUGGGGUCCACAGGGAGACGUCUUCUCCGUAGCCAACCCUGCCGAGUUCUCCCGCGUCGUCCUGCCCGUCUGGUUCAAGCAUGCAAAUUGGCAAAGCUUCGUCCGCCAGCUCAACAUGUACGGCUUCCACAAGGUGAACCACACCUUCUCUGGCGCGCCCAAUGAGGAGGUACAAAUCUGGGAGUUCAAGCAUCCGUCCUUUCGCAGGGGAGAGGUGGCCCUCUUGGCCGAGAUUAAGCGCAAG